CGAGCAAUGCGCCCCGCCCCGGCCCGGCCCGGCAUGGCCUGGCCUGCCCUCCUCUCUCCUCCUCUCCUGGAAUGAAGCCGCUUGUUUCGGGGAACUAAAGCCAAGUUGGCUCCACGCGCGCGGAUUGGCUGUCCCGUUUGAGCAGGGCUCGCUUCUUUCUCUUUGCAUGAGACAAACCAAAAUGUGGCUCUCCCAGCGAUGCGUCCAAGCGGCCUGCGCGUCCACAGUCGGCCGGAGGUGCAAGAGUCACGCCGCGUCGGCGUUCAUGCCGGAGGCUGCGGGCUUCCAGGGCGUGCGGGACCGCGCGGGGCUCCAGGAGUUCUCCGUGGCUCACAAGGAGAGCUUCUGGGCGGCUGUGGCGCGCCGCCGGCUCGACUGGAUCAGCCCGUUCCACGGCGUCCUCGAGUACGACAUGGAGCGGGGUAAAGUCAGCUGGUUCCAGGGAGGACGACUCAACGUCUCCGUGAAUUGCCUGGACCGCCAUGUACGCAGCAGCCCGGAGAAAGUGGCCCUCAUCUGGGAGAGGGAUGAACCCGGAUCAGAAGUCAGGGUGACCUACAGGCAGCUCCUGGAGAUGACCUGCCAGGCGGGCAACCUGUUGAGGCGGCGCGGCGUCAAGAAGGGCGACUGCGUCACCAUCUACAUGCCGCCGUGCCCGCUGGCCGUGGCCUCCAUGCUGGCCUGCGCUCGUGUGGGGGCGGCGCACAACGUGGUGUUUGCGGGCUUCAGCGCCGAGGCUCUCGCUGAGCGAAUCCGAGAUGCCCAAUCCAGUACGGUGAUCACCGUCAAUGAGAGCGUGAGAGGGGGCAAGGUGACCCCCCUGAAGGCCACAGUGGACCAGGCGGUGCGCAGCUGCCCGACGGUGCGCCAGGUGUUUGUCGCCAGGAGGACCGAGACGGCGGUGGCCAUGACGUCCAAGGACGUGGCCAUGGAGGAGGAGAUGAUGUCGGAGGAGGCGGUCUGCGAGCCGGCCGCCAUGGACAGCGAGGACGUCCUGUUCCUGCUCUACACGUCGGGCAGCACCGGGAAGCCCAAAGGCCUGGUCCACACGCAGGCCGGAUACCUGCUGUACGCCUCGCUCACGCACAAGUACGUCUUCGACUACCACGACGGAGACGUGUUUGGUUGCGUGGCGGACAUCGGCUGGAUCACGGGACACAGUUACGCCGUGUACGGACCCCUGGCCAACGGGGGCACCACCGUGCUUUUUGAAAGCACGCCCCUUUAUCCCCACCCAGGAAGGUACUGGGAGAUGGUGGAGAGGUUGAAAAUCAACCAGUUUUACAGCGCCCCCACCGCCAUCCGCCUGCUGCUCAAGUACGGCGACCAGUGGGUGCGCAAGUACGAGCGCUCCAGUCUCAGGACGCUCGGCUCCGUGGGCGAGCCCAUCAACACAGAGGCGUGGGAGUGGUACCACCACGUGGUGGGAGAGGGACGCUGCCCCGUGGUGGACACCUGGUGGCAAACGGAGACAGGCGGCAUCUGCAUCGCCCCGAGGCCGUCAGAGCCACACGCAGAGAUUGUCCCGGGGAUGGCCAUGAGACCUUUCUUCGGCAUUAAGCCCGUGCUCAUGGAUGGCGAGGGCCGAGCGGUGACGUCCAGCGAUGCCUCUGGCGCGCUGUGCCUCGCUCAGCCUUGGCCCGGCAUGGCCCGCAGCAUCCACAACGACCACCAGAGAUUCAUCGACACCUACUUCAAGACCUACCCCGGCUACUUCUUCACUGGGGACGGCGCCCAUCGCUCCAAGGAGGGCUACUACCAGAUCACGGGGCGCCUGGACGAUGUCAUCAACGUCAGCGGGCACAGGAUCGGCACGGCCGAGAUCGAAGAUGUGGUGAACCAAUGCUCCUCCGUGGCCGAGUCGGCAGUCAUCGGCUGCUCGCAUCCCAUCAAAGGCCAAGGUGAGCCGGGCCGGGCAGGCUUCAGAGGUGGCCGUGCCCAUCUGACGUCCGGCCGUCCGUCCGUCCCCUUUGCAGGCGUCUACGCUUUUGUGGUCCUCAAGCAGGAGGCCCAAGAAGCGGACCUGGCCUCGCAGAUCAACAACACCGUCUCCAACAAGAUCGCCAAGUACGCUUGUCCUGACCACAUCCAGUUUGUCCAGCGCCUCCCCAAGACCCGCUCGGGCAAAAUCAUGCGUCGGGUUCUGCGCAAGGUGGUGGAGCGAGACCUGGGCGGCCUGGGCGACCUCAGCACACUGGACGAUCCCACUGCCGUGCAGGAGAUCAUCCAAGGUCACCGUGAGCUCUUUGCACAACAGCAGGAGCAGCCAUGAAGACUCAAGGUGGACAUUUUUAAAGGGACUCCCAUUUUUAGUAACUUCUUUUAAUUGUUCAUGGAAUCAGUGGAUGGCCACCAUAAAAAAGCAACUUGAGUCUCAGCGUCCUUUGUGGCCGAGCCGAGUCCUCGAACUAAGCGACGUGAACAAGCCCCCGAACGGAGUAUCGCUUCUUAACGUGUCCACAGACGGGAAGCGCUUGGGUCACAUGACGUCCUCCCUGAGGCUCCUGCCUUUUAUUUGGCUCAACUCCCAGUGGCCGCCUCCGCACAGUUUCAGCCGGACGUCGUGGUGCUGCGGAAGAGGAGGAG